AUGAGACACGCACCAAAGCGACCAAGAGUCGGGAAGCGGACGAUACUGGCUUGUAUCGAAUGCAAGCGCAAGAAACUAAAGUGCAAUGGGCAAACGCCGAAAUGUAACCAUUGCCUGAAAAAUCAACAUGAAUGCCUCGUGGAAGACCCUGCCACAGGGCUGCGUCGCCCGCGUGACUACAUGCAGUCGCUUGAAUCGCGUGUAGUUUAUCUGGAAGCGCUUCUCCGAGAAUCACGUCCAGAUAUACCUUUGAAUGGAGAUAAUCAGCAUGAGCUCAGGGAUAUCGAGUCUAAUACUCCGUUUGUUCCAACAACCUCGGCCCAGGCACCGGAAGCUCCAACCUCCAGCCAAUUACAGGACUCGCCGGGGGCAUACACGAGUCCUUCCUAUAUGCAAGAAGCAUCAUCAUCAUCAUCAAUUCCAAAAGAGCACGCCGGGCAGGUCGACCAUCUCUCUUCGGAAGUUGCCCUACUGUGUCUCAAUGCUGCGGGUGGUGAGCCCCACUAUUUCGGUCCUUCAUCGGCGGUCUUAUUCUCGAGGAUCAUUAGUGCAACAAUGGGUCUCAAAAGCGAGAAAUCGUCAUCGUCGCCGCGUACUUUUGAAGGCUCGGAAAGAAGCCAUCCUAAUGCACGGCCUGAUAGAGUACCAGGACUACCAUCACCAAGUGUUGCGGCUAAUCUAUCGCGGGCUUAUUUCGAUAAUAUUCACCCUCAGUAUCCUUUUCUCCACCGACCAACAUUCUGCAAAUGGGAGCUGGAUGUUUGCAAAUCUAGCCAGUCGGUACACAAUCCUGCCGCCGGAGAGGUUCCACUAUUUUUCGUCCUUAUGGUCUAUGCAACAGGCUCCCUUGUAUUGAAUCAAAGUCAGCACGGUGCCGCAGCGAUGUACUAUUCCAUGGCCUUGGAUUACCUCCCCUCAGUCCUUGCACUUAAUAAUCUGGAAUCAAUCCAAAGCAUACUAUGUUGCGCUGUGUACUCAAUCAGAUCACCUACUGGGGCCAGUCUUUGGAAAAUAUCAGGCAUGGCCAUUCGUCACUGUAUUGAGCUAGGAUACCACAGAAGCGCAGAAAGAUAUCGCAAACAUGUUGAUCCCUUGACAAAGGAAAUGUCUAGAAGGUGCUUUUGGGUCGCAUACGACAUUGAUCGUGUUGCAGCUUUUACCCUCGGUCGGCCAAUGGGUAUCCCGGAUGAGUUGAUCGAUGCAGAGCUUCCUAUGGAUAUUGAAGACGAGAAUAUUACUCCCAGUGGCCUGUUGGCGAACCCCCGUGCUACCGGUAACCAGGUGCCAACAAUCAUGACAGGCACUCUUCAUGUUAUCAAGUUGAGGAAACUAUGGGCAAAAUUCCAUGCCACUCUCUAUUCACCUCAAUUACAAUACGCCAGUACGGGUAGCCAAUUUGCCACUGUUGACACUCUGCGCCAAGAAUUGGAAGAAUGGCAUGCAUCAGCUCCCACACACCUGGACUAUUCAUCCUCUCAUCCUUUAUCGGUGUUUGCAUCAAAUGAAUGGUUCCAAAUUGCCUACAAUCAUUCAAUUCUGAUUCUUUAUCGCUCACAUAUCACUAGAAUUCUGGGUGAACGACAGGGAUCUGGCCCAAACGAGUCGAACAGCACCGACUUCAUUGAAGAGGAAGAGGACCUCCAAAGAGCAUUCGAAAAUUGCUCCCGCUGUGCUCGUGAAAUAUGCGUGCUGUAUCGUCGGCUAUACCAGAAAUCAAGUGUUCAAUUCACUUGGGGAAGUCUCCAUAUUCUGUUCCUUGGCGGGUUGACAUAUUUGUAUUGUCUCUGGCGGUCAUGGCGAAUACGCCAGCAGACUAAGCAGAGCGAGAUAUUAAAGACAUGUAUGGCCUGCACAACAGUCUUGGUCAUUAUAGCUGAGCGGUGGAACUUGGCCACAUCGUAUCGCGAUAUCUUCGAAACACUCUCUGAGAAAACCAUCAACAUGAUCUGCGGAAAUGAUAAGCUUGCUGGACCAGCCCCUCCACAGUCACAAUGGACUGCCCCUUAUGACAAUCUCCUUUCCCCAAGAGACUGGAGUUUGGGCUUUGAUGAUUUAUCCAUGCCUCAAGGUUCCGACUGGUUUAUUCAAGAGUUUUUACAACAGUUCCCAGAAUCUUAA